UGAACACUUUACAAAUAAAUAAAAUAUUAAAUAGAAAUAACAUCACAAAAUAUUAUUAUAUCGGUUGUUUCCCUUCGGAUUCCAUUCCUAACCCCAUUAAUUUUAAAAUCUUUUGUAUGGUUGUAAAUACUGAUACAAGUAGGGAAGCUGGUAGUCACUGGAUAGCAAUAUUUUGUCAAUAUCCAAGUGUAGAUUAUUAUGAUUCGUUGGGGAUAUGGCCCCCAAUAAGCUUACAUAUACGAAACUAUUUGAGUUUAUUUCAAAGCGUUCGCUUUAAUAGAAUUCAAAUUCAAAAUUCCUUUCAGUACACAUGCGGUCAACACGUAAUAUUUUUCUUGUUUCUGCGAUGUAAAGGAUUGCCCAUGGAUAAGAUAAUUAAAUAUUUAAAAGGAGUUGACGCAGACAAAUUGGUUUCGGAAUUUGUCUCCGCUAAGAUAUUUAGUAUAAAUAGUUGAGAAUUUAUUACAUUGAUAUUAAAAAUAAUGCAUAUCGAAUUUGAUCCCUCGCAUGUUGAUUGGUCAACAUUGACCGAUUUAUCAUUAGACAAUUCAGUUCAUCAAUGGGGUGGUUAUAAUGUUUUUCGAGGUGUCCCAUACCAACGAGGCAGUGGUCUAGGAUCUGUAUUUAGAAGUUUUUUGCGAUACCUGAUUCCUUAUGGAAAACAAAUUGGUAGUGCCAUUGGUAGGCAGGGCUUGGAAUCUGGUAAUCGUGUUCUAACAAAUGUUUUAGAAGGUAAAGAUUUAAAGGAAUCACUUAUAGAUGAGGGUAAAUCUGGUCUAAAGAAUUUGCUUCAGAAAGCAGCAGACAAUGUUGACAAACAAAAGGGGAAGGGUUUUGAUUUUAAGCGGUAUAAAAAUGUUGAGAAACGCCCUGCAAUAGGUCAGAUGAAUAAUGAUAGUCAUGAUUUAGAGGUAAAAACUAUAAAUAAACGACCAUAUUCAAAAAUCGGUCCCCCUAAUUUUAUUCCAAAGACUUCACGAAAAUCGCGCAAAAAAUCUACCAAAAAACGAUUUCGUGUAGACGCACUUGGUACAUAUUAAAAUGAGCUGCUGCAAGAAGAUAAACGAAAACAGCCCCUUAGCUCUUAAUAGUGCCUUAAGUAUAUUCACUGUUCCACCUACUAACGUUUCAGUUGUUCGUUCCUUUUUCCGUGAAAUACUUCCCUUAAGUACAAUUACCCAAGAUUCUCCUUAUUUAUUUCGUUUGUUUAGCGAUAAUCUCUGGACUGAUUUAUCGCGUACUUAUCUCUAUCUUGAGCUUUCCAUUGAAAAAUUGGCGGAGACAAUAAAUGGAGUGCAAUUACCGCUACUGAUACAAGCAUUGCCCCAAUUCAGGGAAUUGGCCAAACAUUUAUUCAACAAUUAAAAGUCACAGUGGGAAAUAAUGAAGUGUACGAUAGUGG